CACACUACAGCCUAUGCUUGCUUCAAGCACUCAAUCCUCCGAGAUUUCACCCACAAACUGGUUUGUCAGAAAAAUCGAGCCCUCCAACAUGGAAAUGGAAGAGAAGAACGAGAAGAACGGCGAUGCCAAAUACGGAGAUCCACGGAAAUUCGACCCUACGUUUAAAGGUCCAAUCCAUAACAGGGGCUGCACAGAUGUCUUAUGCUGUAUCCUCUUCAUCCUGGCCAUUUUGGGCUACUUUGCUGUGGGUAUUUUGGCCUGGUCCAGAGGUGACCCUCGUAAGGUCAUUUACCCCACCGACAGCCGAGGGCAGUUCUGUGGACAAGCAGGCACUGGGUUGGAGAAGAAGCCUCUUCUGUUCUACUUCAACAUCCUGAAGUGUGCCAGCCCCCUCACCCUGCUGGAGUUCCAGUGCCCCACCACACAGAUUUGUGUGGACUCGUGUCCGGACAAGUUCCUUACGCUGGCGAAGGCUCGCGCACCUCUUGCAAAAACUGGAGAAGAUAUGGAGUACUACAGGAAGUUCUGUAAAAUCCCAGAGGGUGUGGACAUCGACAAGAUGUCUGUGGUGGAAAUCCUGAGGGACCGUCUGUGCCCUGGAAUGCUUUUCCCAAGCAAGAACUUUUCCCGCCGAUGCUUGCCUGACCUGGGCACCAAGAAGGGAGGGGUCAUUGUGGUGGGGGAGAACACGACGAGCUACAUGGACGAGAACAACGAGCCCCGCAACGCCAGUGACCUCCUGGAAGCCGCCAAGAAGUCUAACUUUGCUAUGGAGGCCCGGCAGGUCUUCAUGAGGGUCUUUGAAGACUACACACAGUCCUGGCAUUUCAUCCUCAUAGGUCUGGUUAUCGCGAUGGUGGUCAGUCUGAUCUUCAUCGUGCUGCUGCGCUUCUUGGCUGGCAUUAUGGUCUGGGUCAUGAUGUUCAUGGUCAUCCUCGUCAUUUUGUACGGGAUCGUCCACUGCUACCUGGAGUUUGCCGCUCUGAAAGGAGUCCAGGGUUCUGACGUCACCAUCCGUGACCUGGGGCUCCAGACGGACUUCUCUGUAUAUCUGCAGAUUCGCCAGACCUGGCUGGCCUUCAUGAUCAUUUUGGCCAUCGUGGAGCUGGUCAUCAUCAUUCUCCUCAUCUUCCUCAGGAAGAGGAUUCUCAUCGCCAUCGCUCUCAUCAAGGAAGCCAGCAAGGCCAUUGGUCACGUAUGUUCCUCGCUGUUCUACCCCCUGCUGACCUUCUUCCUCCUGGCUCUGGUCAUCGCCUAUUGGGCCGUCACCGCUGUCUUCUUGUCCACGUCCAACGAGGCCAUCUACAAAGUGUUCAACACCAGCGAGUGCUCGCGCUCAUUGGAAGUCUGUGACCCAAAGACCUUCAACUCCUCCAACAUCACAGAGGAGUGCCCGGACGCCGAGUGCCAGUUUGCCUUCUACGGCGGGGAGACGCUCUACCACAAGUACCUCAUCGUCUUCCAGUUCUACAACCUCUUCCUCUUCUUCUGGUGUGCCAACUUCGUGACGGCGCUGGGCCAGGUGACGCUGGCGGGGGCUUUUGCUUCCUACUACUGGGCCUUCAAGAAGCCUGACGACAUGCCCGCCUACCCCAUCUGCGCAUCGCUGGGCAGGGCCCUCAGGUACCACACGGGCUCCCUGGCGUUCGGCUCCCUCAUCCUCUCCAUCGUGCAGGUCAUCAGGGUCAUCCUGGAGUACCUGGACCAGAAACUCAAAGGUGCCCAGAACAAGUUUGCCAAGUUCCUGCUGAGCUGCCUGAAGUGCUGCUUCUGGUGUCUGGAGAAGUGCAUCAAGUUCCUCAACAGGAAUGCAUACAUCAUGGUGGCGAUAUAUGGCAAAAAUUUCUGCACAGCUGCAAAGGAUGCUUUCUUUUUGUUAAUGAGGAACAUUCUGAGGGUCGCUGUGCUUGACAAAGUUACAGAUUUCCUCCUGUUUUUGGGAAAGUUGCUUAUUGUUGGAAUUGUAGGUAUCUGUUCCUUCUUCUUCUUCUCUGGGAGGAUCAAGCCCAUCCAAGACGCAGCCCCCAUUCUUAACUACUACUGGGUACCCAUUAUGACCAUAGUGUUCGGAUCCUAUCUCAUCGCCCACGGCUUCUUCAGUGUGUACGCCAUGUGUGUGGACACGCUCUUCCUUUGCUUCUUGGAGGACCUGGAACGCAACGAUGGCACUGCGGAGAGGCCUUACUUCAUGUCCGAGAGACUGCUCCAGACCUUAUCGAAGAAGAACGAGGAUGCCAAAUAGGACAACUGGAAGGAUCAGCCUACAUUAUACUUUGUAUUUGUAAACACCCCUGUACACAAGGGUGUAUUUGAUAAUGGAAAGAGUAAAAGUCCACACUGUAGGUCCGCUUUGAAGGUUUUACUCAGAUUCACCUGAAUAAAACCUUCAAAUCAGAGUUACAGUGUUCAAACUUCUACUCUUUCCUUUUGUAGGCCACACAUAAGCGGAGCUUCCUAAAACUGAUAUUUUGAAAACUGGAAUUUUGUAAAGCGCACCUGUAAAAAAUGUAAACUUUAAAUAAAAAACAUACACAUACACAUUCUGUGUAAAUGGGAUCAAAAUAUGUGAAUGGACGAAACAAGAUCCGUUUGUAAAAACAUCCCAAUACAUGUUACCAAGUUCACAGACAGACAAACGCAAUUUCCUCAGGGAAGGAUCCGUUACAGCAGUUCAGAUUCCAUUCUUGCACUGAUAACAGUCUCGGCAAAUAGUAUUUUUUUUCUUGAAUACAAGAAUAAGACUUGAUUAUGUUUUAUAAUGAGCGAUUCUGAGCACAGUAUUGGAACUUUCUAAAUGUGUCAGCCUGGCAUUCUGUAUAGUCUUGCGGUUGAAUACAGUAGGUACUAGCCCAGGCUCAACUUGUGUCAUAAGCAUUUCUAUUCUCAGUUAACAAGAGUGAUAACUAGACAUUUCUGUUGCCUGGAAAAAAAAUCAAAUAUUUGUUAUUUGAUUGUUCUCUCAUCGCACUUUGUCAAUCCACACCUUGAUUUUUUUUUAUACACACAAAACAUUCCAUUUACCAAAUGCAGAGCAUAUACUGUUUGUUCUUCUAUGUAUAAAAUUGUACUGUAAAAAUGCAGUAGAAUAUGUUUUUAUUUGAUGGUUUUAGAUGAACAAUAUGCCAGUCCACACCAUAACAAUUUUGGAGGUAUGGUGUCUCAUCUGUUACUUAUAUUUUGUUUACAUCAUGAUUUUAUAAGAGCUUUGAGUUCAUUACUGCAGUAUUAUGCAUUGUCGGAACACAAUGUAGCCUGUUUUCUGUAAUGUACUGCUUUUAAGUUUCAGUUUCAAUCAUGGGCAAACUGGAUUCAUUUAUAAUCCAGUGCCACAUAUUCCAAAUGGUCUGGUUUUACCUAUCCAAUUUAACCAGGCAAUUACCUUCAAUCACCUCGAAUUUCACAGGUAAAACCAGGUCAUAUGUGGCACUGUAUUGUCAGUCACUAAUGAAUCGUUUGCCUAUCAGUUUUAAGUUUACCAAAGGCCAUAAGAGGUUGUGUUGAGCAUAUCAUAUUGUAAAUAGCUUAUGAUGUUCAUUGUGUGAGUGAAUUGUUUGUGAAAUAUUUUGUGUAAUGACCAGUGUUACGCUAACAUGAUGCAUGUUCGCUUGAAAUAAAAUGUUACUUUGUACUGUUGAUUUUAGAUUAAAUGUUGUGUGACUAUAAGCACUGCUCUCAAUUCCUAGGCCUAUCGGCCCUGCAUUUAAGCAGCAUGGUAGGCCUUUGGUUGAUGGUCAAGCUCCAAAGUUCCA